AUGUAUGGAAACACCAUGUGUGAGGACCAUGGACCGUGGGGGAGAGAGGCCCAGAGACUGUGGGGGAGAGAGGCCCAGACUGUGGGGGAGAGAGGCCCAGACUGUGGGGGAGAGAGGCCCAGACUGUGGGGGAGAGAGGACCAGACUGUGGGGGAGAGAGGCCCAGACUGUGGGGGAGAGAGGACCAGACUGUGGGGGAGAGAGGCCCAGACUGUGGGGAGAGAGGCCCAGACUGUGGGGGAGAGAGGCCCAGACUGUGGGGGAGAGAGGCCCAGACUGUGGGGGAGAGAGGCCCAGACUGUGGGGGAGAGAGGCCCAGAGACUGUGGGGGAGAGAGGCCCAGAGACUGUAGGCCCAGAGACUGUGGGGGAGAGAGGCCCAGACCGUGGGGGAGAGAGGGCCAGAGACUGUGGGGGAGAGAGGGCCAGACCGUAG